AUGAGAGAUUUUGAGGAAUUCGGAAGAAUUUAUCCAUUUGACGAAUGUCAAACGAAUCCGUCAAUCAUAAUCGAACUUUGCGUCGGAUGGCUGCUACCGAUUUUCACAUGCCUGUGGCACUCUGUGGAACAAUCAGAAACUCACAAUAUCUUAGCGCGUGAAGCUCAACGAAUUAUCGAACAGCUCGUUCAGCAAUCGCUAGCACAUCUGAGAGAGACAGUUGGCGAGGAAUCGAGUAAAACUAGAGGCCGCUUUAUCGAACUUGAAAACGAAGCACAAACAUCAGGACACACCACUGUACAAUGGCCGAAAAUCUCCGAAUUUGCUGAUGAACACAUUGGUAUAAAAAAGAUCAACGAAUACAUCGAAAAAGAAUGGAAAACAGCGCCAGGUGGUCAUGAUCUUUGUUGGCUAUACGCUAUUGACUUUAUCGAAAAGAGAUCACUCGAAUUCAAUAAUUUAUAUAUUUACCGAGUGCGUUAUUCAAUUCCAACACGCAGAUCACCCAUACCCCGACAAACAGUUUGCAUUUAUUUUACUAUCGAUGUUUCAAAAGUUCGACCGAAACACCAUCCUGUGAAAGUUCUCUUCGCAUUCGAAACGAUGAGCAUCAUUCACCAACCGAACGAAUUUCGAUUUCGUCAAACAUGGAUAGAAGAUAUAGUUCUCUUGAAAGAAAAGAUGGCUCGUGGGAUCGAUUUUUAA